GAAUUAAUUUUAUACUAAUUGUCUAAUCGAUAAAUUGUUAUAUUGAUCGCUGACAAUGGUGCGAAAAUUAAAGUAUCACGAGCAAAAAUUGCUAAAGAAGGUAGAUUUUUUAUCCUGGCCAGCCGAUAAUAAUCUUCACGAGGUUAAGAUCUUGAAGAGAUAUUGUAUUCAGAAAAGAUCUGAUUAUACGGUAUACAACAAAUUAUCACGCGAGAUACGGGAAUUGGGUAAAAAGAUUAAAGAAAUCGAACCUGACCAUCCUUUUCGCAUAGAACAGAGUGCUUUGUUAUUGGAAAAAUUAUAUAUGUUGGGCUUGAUCUCUACCAAAUGGGACUUGUCUCAAACUCAGAAAGUAACUGCUAGUUGCUUUUGUAGACGAAGACUUCCAGUUGUUAUGGUACGCAAUAAAAUGAGUCAAACAAUAUCAAUGGCGACAAAGUUGAUAGAACAGGGUCAUGUCAGAGUUGGAGUCGAAGUUAUAAAGGAUCCUGCAUUUCUAGUAACAAGGAAUUUGGAAGACUUUGUUACAUGGGUAGAUACUUCUGCUAUUAGGAAACAUGUACUAGAAUAUAACAAUCAGAGAGAUGAUUUUGACAUGGCAUAAAUCUACAUAUUGGUCAGAUAUAUACUUGUGAAACUACAUUUUUUAUAAACAAUACAGAAUAUUGUGUACUAUUUAUUGUAGAUAUUUUAAUGUUUAUAAUUAAAUUCUUCCAACAA